AAUCAAAAAAAUUUAAAAUGUCAAACUGUGAUGUCAAAAAUGAUGCAAAAAUGUUUUUAGUUUUUAGGUUAUAUUUUAAAGACCGAUUUUAAUUUCAGUAACAUUUAAAGUUUAAAUAUCUAUAUCAGAGCCUAUAUCUAAAUAAGGUAUUUAGCAAAGGUAAAAGGUAAUUUCUACAAGCCACACAAGAAAUUUUAAAAGAACAUUAUUUUAUUGGGACAAAGUCAAAAAGAACUUUUCGUAACAGUGUUCUUCAAAGUAGUUGCUUUAAAUUAAUUUCUUUAUAUAAUCUGCUGUAAUUACCGAUUUUCCUUUUAUAACUAGAUUAUUCUUCAAGAAUUGUAUCAGUAGUUAUAUUAAAAUGAAAGUCUUAUUACGAAGUCACUGUUUAGUAAACCAAAAGUAUUGGUCAGUAAACAAGAGAUAUUUAAAUACUCUAGGAUUAUGGAAUGAAGAACUUUCAACUGAUAUAAAGCAUAAAAUAGAAAAUCACUGGCAAUCUAAACUACAUCAAGAGUCGUUCGUUGAGAAUGACAAAAACAGGCAAAAGUAUUAUGUACUUUCAAUGUUCCCCUAUCCUUCAGGAUUUCUACACAUGGGUCAUGUAAGAAUCUACACAAUUAGUGAUGCAAUAGCUAGAUUUCAGCGUCUGAAUCACAAGAAUGUUAUACAUCCUAUAGGUUGGGAUGCAUUUGGUCUGCCUGCAGAGAAUGCUGCUAUAGAUAGACAAUUGUCGCCUGAAGACUGGACGCUGGAUAACAUUGCCUACAUGAAAAAUCAGUUAAAAAAACUAGGCUGUAGCUUUGAAUGGGAAAGGGAAUUGGCCACCUGUGAUCCUGAAUAUUACAAGUGGACACAAGAACUAUUUUUGAAAUUGCACGAAGCUGGUUUGGCUUAUCAGAAAGAAGCACUAGUUAAUUGGGACCCUGUCGAUCAGACAGUUUUGGCUGAUGAACAAGUAGAUGAAAAUGGAAAUUCCUGGAGGUCAGGCGCAAAAGUAGAAAAGAAACUUUUAAAGCAAUGGUUCAUUAGAACUACUCAGUUUGCUAAAGAAUUGUAUGAAGGAUUGAAUGAUUCUAUAUUACAUGAUUGGAGAGAUAUAAUCAAAUUACAAAAGCACUGGAUAGGAGAGUGCAAUGGAGUGAAUUUUUACUUUAAAAUAAAGAGAUCUUCAGAUGUCAGAGAAAACGAUUUUGUAACUGUUUGGACUGCCAGACCAGACUUAAUAGAACAAGUUAAAUUUAUAGCAGUUACAAGGAAUCAUUUGUUAGCUUUAAAAGAGGAUAAAAAUAUAAGUGGAACACAGAAAUUAUCAGUAGAACUUGUUAACCCUUUUACAUCAGAAGUUCUUCCAGUAUUUGUUACAGAUGAACUCGAAUUUGAGCCUUUAAGUGACUGCUAUGCAGGUAUUCCGAUUUCAUCAGAAGAAGCUCUAAGAUUUGCUGAAAAACAUGACAUUCAAUUUAGCCCUUCAAGUGAUACCAAUGAUUUUAGUGACAUAAGUUUUAAACAAAAAGAAGUAUGUGAGAAAGCUAAAAAAAUUAAUGUCGGUGGUUACUGGUCAAGUGCAAAACUAAAAGACUGGUUGAUUUCCAGGCAAAGAUUUUGGGGUACGCCUAUACCGAUUGUACACUGUGGUAAAUGCGGUUCUGUACCAGUAAAAAGAGAAGAUCUUCCAGUAAAAUUGCCCAAAUUGUCACGGUUAUCUAACAAAGGAAAAUCGCCUUUGAAAGAAGAAUCUGAUUGGUUAAAUACUGUAUGUCCUAAAUGUGGCGGGAAGGCACAAAGAGAAACAGACACCAUGGAUACAUUUGUAGACAGUUCAUGGUAUUUUCUUAGAUAUCUAGAUCCAAAAUAUCAAGAUGACAUGUUUAGCAAAGAGAAGGCGUUUCAAAUGACACCUGUAGAUCUUUACAUUGGUGGCAAAGAACAUGCUGUUUUACAUUUGUAUUAUGCCAGAUUUGUCAGCCAUUUUUUGCAUUCUUUGGGAUUGUUGCCAGAAAGGGAACCAUUUAAAAGAUUGUUGGUACACGGUAUGGUUAUGGGAAGAAGUUUCAGGUUAAAAGGAACUGGCCAAUAUGUACCUGAAAGUAAAGUAGAAAAAAUAGAUAUGAAAAAACAUAAAGCAAUAUGUAAGGAUACUGGCGAACAGGUGAUCGCAACCUGGGAAAAAAUGAGCAAAUCAAAACAAAACGGCGUAAACCCAGAAGACAUGUUUAACGAAUACGGAAUAGAUACCACGAGACUGCUUAUUUUGGCCGAUGUAUCGCCAACAUCUCAUAGAAAUUGGAAUUCAAAUACUUUCCCUGGUAUAUUAAAUUGGCAAAGACGAUUGUGGCUGACAAUAAGAGAUUUUCUUAAACACAGAAACAAUUUGCCACCUAUGAUUCCUGAAAGUGAAUUUAAGGCUCAAGACGAUUACUUGUGGGAUUCCAGGAAUUAUUAUAUCAAAGGAUGCACGUUCAACUAUGUUAUAUCACAACAGAUCAGUAUAGGAGUGUCCAAACAACAAGGUUUAACGAAUAGCAUCAGAAAAGCUCCACCUGCUGUCUUUGCCCACAGUCUUCAGUUUGAAAGAGCUUUGGCGACUCAGAUAAUUCUAUUAGCUCCUAUAGCACCCCAUUUUGCUUCUGAACUUUGGGCAGGUUUUGUAUUUGCUCCGAACAGGUUGAAUAAUUCGGGAGAAAUAUUUUGGGAAAAGACAGUUCUGGAACAGGAUUGGCCCCAAAUUGAUAACAAUUAUGAAUUGGAGUUGGUCUGUCUGGUAAAUGGUCAUGAAAAUUGUGUUGUAAAGUACCUACCUUCUGAUUUGGACCAACUAAAAGAAGAGGAGGCAGUCAAGGUGGCUCUUAGUCAAGCUGAAAUUCAGAAUACGCUAAAAGCUAGGAACAUGAUAGAUGUAGAUUUUAAACUAUAUCCAGGCUGUGAAUGUAGAAUUAAUAUUAAAACCGAUCAACCUCCUCCUAAGGAGGAAAAACAAAUGUUAGAGUCGAGUAGUUAAUAAAGGAGUUUAAUAGAAGUUU